ACCACUGCAACCGUAGCCACUAAUAAUUUUAUUAUGCGAGUUAGUGGAUAUCCGUGAGUGUUGCGCGGUAUCAAUGUAUUUCCCGUGCGAAAAAUAAGGGUAGUGCUCAACACUCAACAGUGACAUAUGUGGCUGAUUUUUAAUUGAAACAACGUAAUACUUUUCUUCGUGAUGUUCUAAUUUUUGUUCUCCCGAUACUGAUUGCAGCUACUUGCAACCAUGGCAUCUAGUGCACUUGAAGAAAAGAUCAAUAAAAUUCGGCAACAAAAUGAAGAGAUUAGAAGACGAUAUGAGGAAGUUGAAGAAGAUAAAAAAAAUGCAGCAAAAUUAAAUGCUUUGGUACAAAUGGUACCAUCAACAGAUUGGCCAGAGAGAAAAGAACCACCAGAGUUUUCGAAUCCCCCUAAAACCAAAUCGAAACCAACCAAAGAAAAACAUGAAUAUACAUUGCAAUCUCAUGUCGGGGAAGGGAAGAAAAUUCAUUCUUUUGCUCAAGGAGAAGGACCACCACCAGAUCCUAAAUAUAACUUUCUGGCAGAUUCUGAAAGAGAAGAACCUAAUGCAGAUUAUAUAAGAGAGAAUAAUGGGAAUAGAUCUCAUAAAGCGACAAGAGGUAGUUUCAGAAAAAAAGUUGGUGGUAAAGAGAGUAACCACAAGGAUAAUAAACCAAACAAAGGAAAUUAUAGAGAUGAAUCUCAACCAGGAUAUGAUGCUUGGAGAGCAGAAAGAAAUCGCAUUGAUGAGGAUCGUAUUAGCAGACAAAGAACUGCAGAAGGGAAUUGGCGUCGAGAAUGGGAUAAUGAUAAAGUCCAUAUCAUAGAUGAUAUAGUAAAGAAAUCAUCGAGGCCUACAUUGGGAGAGUUUACGAAAAAGGAUCAUAAAGAUUCCGAUCGGAAAUAUCAUGUUAAUAAUAAUGAAUAUGUCAAUUACACUCGCGCUGGAAGUCAUCGUCCUCAUCGUGGUUCUACAAAAAAUUUUUAUAGCAACUACGAAAAUCGAUCACAUAAUACCUAUGAUCAACACAGAAAUAAUACAGCAGUAUCAGUGAAAACUCCUGUUUCUCCAACUUCUGAAGAAAGAACUGUUAUUGCAACUGAUAAGAGUAUCAAAGUUACAGUUAAUCAAAACAAUGUGACAAAAGGACCAGUGAUGAGUGUUAAAGUGAAUUCACCAAGCAUAGCUGGAACUGGAAGAGUCGGACCACGACAAAGAACUCGUGUAACAUACAGUCAUUCAGAUAUUGACGCUCCUUUGUCCGAAAGUGAAUCUUUCUUCCGGCAAAAGUCGUUUGAGGAUAAGUCAAAGGGAACUUAUUUUAAUAAUCAAAAAUUUUCUAAUUUGAAGAGAUCUCAUUCACAAAAGAAGAAGGAAAACGAGACAAAAUAUCAUUACCACCAGAAAAAAGAUGUAAAAAAGGAAGAUUGCGAUGGAAAUUCAUAUAAACAUUAUGAUAAUGAAUUUAAAUCUUACACGCAAAAGGAUCAACAAAAAUCUUAUAUUAAAUCAUCAAAAUCUUCAAGAGGAAAUAUGAAAAUAACAAAACCUGAUUCUUCAAGUAUGAAUGUUUCACAGAAACGUGAGCAUUCUGAUGAAAUAAAACUUGAACAAAAUAGUGAACCGAAUAUUGAACAUAAUACAAAACAAAAUUUAGAACAAAAUAUUGAACAUGAUGUAGCAGAGAAUAGUAAUACACUACAGGAAAUUACAUCUGAAGCGAAUGAAACAUCUAAUAUGGAAAAUGUGCAAUCAAAUGUUGAGAAUGAGAUUACAAGCGAAGUAUUGUUAACGAAAGAAGCAGAAAUUGAAGAAAUUUCCUUGACUUCAGUAUCAAGUACAGAUAAUUCUGACUAUAUCGCAAAACGUGAUUUGAAUAAAAAUAGUAUGGAGAAUAAGAACGAGUGUUCAGAUUCUUUUGUGAAUAAUAUAACAGAAGAUUUGCAAGAAAAUAGUAACAUGUCUUCCGAGGUAUCAGUUCCAAAUAAUAUUCGGUCUAAUGAGGAACUUACGCCAAAUGAAAGUAACGAAGUAUUAAAUAAUGUUGUUGAGGAAAAUACAAUCCUUUUGCAUAAAGAUGAUCAACAAUCAUCGAAACAAAUUACAGAACAGUUUAUAAAUGACGACUGUGAUAAUAUCGAAGGUGAAAUUACGGUACAACGAAGUAUAGAGGAAGUAAAUAAUUCUGUUUCUUUGUUGGAAGAUAAAACACAUUCUGUGAUAGAAACUAAUAAUCAAUUGGUACAAGAGGAAUUAGUACAGGAGGAAGAAUUAGUACAGAAAGAAACGUUAAAUUUAGAAAAAGAAACAGAUCUUGUUCUAGAAACUCAGAGUGAAUCAUCUGAUAAAAAUUCUGAGAAUAUUAUGAAUUCUUGCGAGAUAAAAUCUGAGAAUAUUAUAAAUUCUUGCGAGAUAAAAUCUGAGAAUAUUCUUAAUUCAGUAAACGUGGAUGAAAAUUCAGUAGGAGAAACUAUGGAGAAAAUUGAGAAAACGGAUGAAAAAGAAAUGACUGAGGAGAAUAAAACAUUGCAAUAAAUACAGUACCAAUUCUUCAUAACACAUGUAACGGUAGUUAUACCGGUACAUUUUGAUAUUAGAAACAUUUUUAAUGCUCAUUACGACUAAAAAUAUUGUGUUAACGUAUAAUUAGGAACAAAUUUUAUGAAAAUGCUAACUAUUGCAAGGGUUUUCUUUUAUUUGUUAGAAAUUAGACUAUUAAUUUUCAGUUUAUGAUUUUAAAAUGUUUCAUGAUAAAAGUAAGUUAUUUAACUGAUUUGUUUGUACACGUUAGAAAGCGUUAAUGUUUUGAAGUUUGUAAAUCUUUCUGAUAAAAUGUCUGAAAGACAUUUUUUGAAGUAACGUAUUUUCGAAUCAUUAUUAUAAUUAAAUGAUACUAUUUGCGCACAACUGAUAAUGUUAUUUAAAUCAAUCCUUUGCGGCUUUACAUUUGUUUACUUUUUGCGUUAAUGUUAGAUUAUUAAGAGAAGAGAGUUUCAAAUAUUUUGUGGAUAAUAUAUUAACUUUUAGUAAGAUUUGUUAGAUAUUCAUUUGUUGUUCUAUUUGUUGUUCUAUUAUCUGGACAAAAAAUAUAUUCUUUUCUUCUUAAUUUAUAUCUUUCCUUUUUUUUUUUACUUCUUAAUUAUCAUAAUAUCACAAAUAAGAUCAAAAUUAUUUUAGUUAACUGUCCAAUUUUUAUUUUCAUUUUAUUAAAAUAAAAAUAAUGGAAGAUCGCAAAGGAUUAGUGCACUAAAAGUUCACACAGUGCUUUUAUAAUACAUAGAAAUUAACAAGCCCAUAAUUCGUAUUUCUUAAUAUUUCAUAUCAAAUUCUACGACAAUAGAAUACUGAUAUCUGUUCAGAUGUUGCGCUCGAAUAAUAUUUUUAUAAUUGGCUAUAGCAAUUAGUUGUAUAUUGGAGAUUGAUAUAUAUGUACACAGAGAGAAAAAAAAGUCAUAUACUUCAAUAUUUCGGGAGCUUGAUUUAGAAAGAACAGAAAAAGAAAAAAAGAAAACAAUCGUUUAUAAUAUUCUAAAUAUUAUAAUAUUAAAAGAUAGGCUAUGUAUAUUUAUUUCUCAUUAGUCAAGCAAUGUUAUGUUACUUUAUAGUUUAUAUAAUUUAUUUGCAUAUUUUUACUAAAAAAUUAUUUAUUGCACGUUUCUUUUUUUUAUUAUUAUAUAAUUUUGUUACAUGCUUGCUUUAUGUUUUAUUUUUCAUUUAUGACAUGAAUUGGCUGAAUAAUUUGAGAUUUAAAUAUUAAAUAGAAUGAAAGAAAAACAAUAGAAUUAAAUGUUUAAUAACUCAAAGAGGGAAAUGACUUAUGAGAUAUGUGAAUUUGUUUGUUUAUUAUAUUGUUAAUCAGGUAGGAAAUAUAGAUAUAUGUUUAUUUAUAAUUAACAAGUUUCAAAUAAAUUAAAAUAUUGAAUAUUUCAAUUGAUAAAAGAUUAAUGAAAUUCAAAUUUUUUAAAUUGUAACGAUCAAAGUUGUAUUUAAAAUAUUUUUAGUAUGUUACUUUUUGUCAAUUGUAUUCGUUUCUUUAAUUAUAUUAUUUUCAUUGUUUAAAAAUAAGUGCCAUUAUAAUUCCUUCUUCAACGAGUUCUUGCAUUUUUUUUUAUUUCGUUUAGGUGCCAUUAGUUUUCAAAUUGUUCCUCAGAACCCUCUGCGCUACAAUCCUCGACAAGAUUGUCGGUUUAUGUUAAAUUUGGUGGUGCGUAAUCCAAAGCCUUCAUCAGGUUCGUUAUUCUCAACCACAGUUUUCUAUCUUUAAGAUUAUUCUGAUAUUUAAAAAAAAAAAAUAAAAUAAAAUAAAAAUUGUUAGUAAAA